AUGUGGGCGAAACCCUACCCUGUGCAAGAUCUGCUGACUGAGAAGAUGGGAGACCAGGGGUGGGCACCCCGAUAUUGCCAGUGGCUGAGCAGCAAGCAGAACACAAUCGGACCCACAGCUCCGAGUUGUGACACCCUGCUGGUCCCUGAAAAGUCAAAGAAACACCGAGUUGUUAUACCUUGGUCGACCCAUUUUAAAGACGAGUAUAAAAAAGUCAGCAACCUCUAUGCGAACAACAAAAUACGGACCAACAAAUACCGGCUUUGGUCCUUUAUACCUAGGAAUCUCUUUGAGCAGUUCCACAGGGUCGCCAAUCUGUACUUCUUAUUUAUCGCUCUGCUUAACUGGGUGCCAGCGGUGGAAGCCUUUAGGAAGGAAAUCACGAUGAUUCCUCUCUGUGUGGUUCUCACCAUUAUCGCCGUGAAAGACGGCUUGGAGGAUUACACAAAGUACAAAUUAGACAAAAAGAUCAACAAUUUCCUCACCAGAGCGUAUUGUAGAAGAUCAAGAGACUACAUAGAUAAGUUUUGGAGUGAAGUGAGCGUGGGGGAUUUUAUCCGACUGGCCUGCAACGAAGAGAUUCCGGCCGACAUGAUCCUGAUCUAUUCCAGCGACGGGGAUGGGAUCUGCCACAUCGAGACUUCGAGCCUGGAUGGAGAGACCAACCUGAAACAGAGACAGGUGGUGAAGGGCUUCGCCGAACAGGCCUAUGAAAUUAAUCCAGAAGACAUUAUAUGCAGAAUUGAAUGUGAAACUCCUAACAACGACCUUAAUUCUUUCCGGGGCUUCAUUGAGAACGUGGAUGGGGUGCGCGUGGGCUUAAAUAAGGACAACCUGCUCAUGCGCGGAUGUAUUGUCAGGAACACAGAAGCUGUGCUUGGCAUCGUGGUUUACGCAGGUCAUGAAACAAAAGCCAUGUUAAACACAAUGGGACCUCGGUACAAGCGAAGCAAACUCGAGAAGAGAAUGAAUAGGGACAUCGUCUGGUGCGUGUUGCUUCUCAUAGUGAUGUGCUUCAUAGGGGCGAUCGGGCACAGACGUUGGCUAAGGGCCAAUCCUGCAACCCCUCUCUAUACAAGCGGGAAAGAAUUACCUGCAGAAUUGGGAGGUUUUCUAAUGUUUUGGACAAUGAUAAUUUUAUUGCAGGUCUUAAUCCCAAUUUCUCUUUACGUCUCCAUUGAAUUCGUCAAGCUGGGGCACAUCUUUUUAAUCCGAAACGACAUCGAUUUAUAUGACGAGGUGUCCGACCGGAAGAUCCAGUGUGGAUCCCUGAAUAUCGCGGAAGAUCUGGGCCAGAUCGAAUAUAUUUUCUCGGAUAAAACCGGUACCCUCACAGAGAAUAAAAUGGUGUUCCGGAGAUGCAGCAUCGCAGGGUUGGAAUACGGCCAUGAGGAAAAUGCCAAGAGACUAGAAACGUAUCAAGAUUUCGACGAAGAGGAAGACGAGGCCGCCUAUUUUUCGUCGCACUCUUCGCUGAGGCAUGCGUCCAGGGCGAGGUUCUUCAGUCGCAAAUCCAGCGAAUUUUUGAACUCCCGGAUUUUCCGCAGUUCCAGCAGCAUGGGCUUUGUUGGCUGGAGACAACUAGCCUUCAGUAGCCCUCUUGAGACAGACGUUGUGCCAGAUAUGCGACUUGUGAAGAAAGUGAAUCGGAUCUCAAGCAAAGCCUAUUCCUACCCAGACAAACGGAAGCCGAUCCCGGAAAUAGUGUACAUCACUGAAUUCUUCAUUGCCCUGGCAAUUUGCAACACGGUGGUCGUUUGCGCCCCUGACCAACCACGACUUAGGAGACGGUGGUCUUCCAUGGUCAAAAUGCCCGCUUUAAACCUGGGCGAAUUUAAAAACAUAUUCCAAAGGUUGUCAAGUCGCAAAAUGAGUUCCCAAAACCCGGAUUCCUCCGGCGGGCGUAGAGAGGAACCGAAGAAAUCGGGGAAAGUCUCCGUCCACGUGAAAUUCCCCUCUUCUCCAGCGCAGUUGACCGACACUCUGGAAAUGCCAGCCGCCUCCCCAAGCCCCAAAAUUCCAGACAUUUUAAGGUUGCCCGAGGACCGGCCCGACCGACUGUCGUACGAGUCUUUAAACAACCCUGAGAUAUCUUACGAGGCGGAGAGCCCGGACGAAGCAGCCUUGGUCCACGCCGCCAGGGCGUACCAGUGCACUCUGAAAACCAGGAGCCCUGAGCAGGUGCAGAUCGACUUUGCGCCUUUGGGGAUGUUAACUUUUCAGCUCCUGCACAUCUUGCCUUUCGACUCCACCCGGAAACGCAUGUCGGUGGUUGUGAGGCACCCGAUGCUCAAGCAGGUUGUGGUGUACACAAAAGGGGCGGACGCUACCAUUAUGAAUUUGCUGGACGUGGGAUCCCCAGAUAAAUCGGGAUCACCGAGGAGGACGGUAGAAGAAAGAACUCACAGGCAUUUGAAUGACUACGCCAGACAAGGACUUCGUACCCUUUGCAUCUCUAUGAAGGUGCUGAGCAACGAAGAAUAUGAAGAGUGGCUGAAAGGACAAUUCGUAGCUGAGAGCAGCAUAGAAGACCGGGAGCAGCUGCUUCUGGAGUCGGCGGAGAGGCUCGAAAAUAAAUUAACCCUGCUUGGGGCCACUGGAAUCGAGGACCGACUGCAAGAAGGGGUCCCAGAAACCAUAGCGGCCCUCCGGAAAGCCGGGAUUAACGUUUGGAUGCUGACCGGUGAUAAAAAGGAGACGGCCAUCAACAUCGCCUAUUCUUGCAAAUUACUGGACGGGUCAGACCGACUUUUCUCACUCAACAGUGAGAAUUUGGAGACCUGCGCGCAAAAAGUGAAAAGCAUUUUGGAAGAGAUUGAUAUCAAAUCUCAGACCCCGAAGCCCCAAAACCCUUCAGGAGCAGCGCCUCCCACCAGAAGCUUUGCUUUGAUCAUCAACGGGCCGACCCUGGAAUUCGCUUUGCACAGAAGGCUCCAAAACGCUUUCAUGCAGCUUGCGAGGAAAGUCCGGGCUGUCAUCUGUUGCCGAGCCACGCCCCUGCAGAAAAGCAAAAUGGUGAAACAGGCCCAGAAGGAGCUGCAGGUCAUGACGUUGGCCGUGGGUGACGGGGCCAAUGACGUAAGCAUGAUUCAGGUGGCGGACAUUGGAAUCGGCAUCUCGGGACAAGAAGGCAUGCAGGCGGUGUUAGCCAGCGACUUCGCCAUUUCCCAAUUCCAGCACCUCCGGAAGCUGCUCUUCGUUCACGGCCACUGGUGUUACACCCGGCUGGCUAACAUGAUCCUCUACUUCUUUUACAAGAACCUGGCAUAUGUCAAUCUCCUCUUCUGGUAUCAAAUAUUUUGUGGGUUUUCAGGAACUCCCAUGAUUGAUUAUUGGAGCCUGAUUUUCUUCAAUCUUCUCUUCACCUCGGUGCCUCCCGUCAUAUACGGGGUUUUAGAUAAAGACGUCUCUGCAGAAACCCUCAUGAAGCACCCAGAGCUUUACAAAGCAAGUCAGAAAAAUGAGCCGUACGUGGGGAUAGCCUUUGCAAUGAACCUGGUGGAUGCGUUUUACCAAAGUCUGGUUUGCUUUUUUAUCUGCUACUUUACAUUCCUAAAUUCUGAUGUAGACGUCUACUCUUUUGGAAACCGUAUGAACACCACCAUGCUUUUUAUAAUAUUACUACACCUUCUGAUUGAAAGUAAAAAUUUGACUAUUAUACAUUUCUCUGUUUUCGCUGGUAGCAUCUUUUUAUAUUUCUUCAUCCUUGGGCUUUUGGGAGCUUUCUGCGUCCUCUGUAACCCACCAGCAAAUCCAUACUGGAUUAUCCAGAGGCAACUGAUGAAUCCGAUGUUUUAUCUGGACUUCACCAUCGCAAUUACACUGGCUUUGCUUCCAAGGUUCCUGUUCCGGGUCAUCGAGACCACCCUGUUUCCAAACCCAUUACUGCAAGCCAGGAUCCGUGAACGUCAAAGCCGUGCACGAGGGAAGAGCAGGCAGCAAACCCACAGCAAGUCUAGAUAA